AUGAGUUCUUUCGGAAAGCGCAAGCCGCGCAUCAUCCAGACUUUUGACGAUGAGGAUGGCGACCUUCCUACGCUGCUUGGAGGAGAGGAGCCCAAGAAAGAACAACCAGUACCACAAGGACCGAUCAAGUUUGGACGCAGCAAGCCUGCUAAAUCCUCGUCACUACGAAGAACGAUCAAGAUCAACGAUGAUAACGACGACACACCAGACACCAACGGCGAUGCAGCCAAACCUGCGUCAACUGGUACAAGCACGGAACCGGGUGCGGCGGAAGAUGAGGAAGACACUGGUGUGCCGCUCGUAGUACGGCCUGGCUUCGGUCGCUCCGCCUCCAGCAAGAAGAAGCGCGUCCCGAAAGUCUCAUUCGGAGCCAGCGAAGACGACACAGAAGACGGCGGCAAUGACACGACAACAACCGCCAGCAGCGACGUGGCCAGCGCACCCAGCAAGAAAUCGCUAAGCCAACGAGUAGCCGAGAAGAACGCGCUACGCAAAUCAGCCCUGACCGCACGAUUCGGCACCUUUGGCGCCGACGAAGAGAAGCCUCGAUACAGCAAAGAGUACCUCGAAGAGCUCCAAAGCUCCACGCCAGCCACACCACAGAACCUCGCGUCGCUAAGUAUCAUCGACGAUGACGACGACGACAGCCUCAAAGCUCAGCCCGAGACGUCUGCGCCUGGAACAGGGACAGGGACAGACGACGCGAUGGACCUCGACCCCUCCGAGCUCGACGGCGCCAUGAUCGUACCAUCCCGCGACCUCCCCCUAGCGCGCACCGGCGAUGCGGGCCCGUCAGCAGCAGCAGCCCACAUCCUCAGCGAAGCCGAGAUCCGCGAGCGCAAAGAACGGCGCGCGCGCCUGGCCAAGGAACACAAUUUCAUCUCGCUCGACGACUCCGACCACUCGGACAACGACGACCGAAAACGUGUCACACUAAGCAACCUCAACAAAAAGCCCAAGAAGUCCGAAUCGCGCCUGAUAGCCGAAGACGAAGACCUAGGCGAAGGCUACGACGAAUUCGUGACGGACGGUUCCCUAGCGCUGGGCCGCAAAGCCGAGCGCGAAGCCGCCAAGCGACACCGGCAGGAGAUGGCAGAGAUGAUCCAGGCGGCGGAGGCCGGUUCAGAUGCUGAGAGCGACGACAGCGAGGCGGAGCGACGGGCUGCGUACGAGGCCGCGCAAAGGCGAGCGGGGAUGGACGGGCUGCAGAAACCGGAGGAUGACUUGAUGGAGAUUGACGAGGAAAGAGGGGGAGUAAACCAGAUUCCCAAGAUGAAACCGCUUCCGGAGCUGGGCGAGGUGUUGGCAAGGAUGAGGGGUCUGGUGCAAGGGUUGGAGGAUGAGGUGAGCAGACGGAAGGCGAGGAUAGAGAGUCUGGAGAAGGAAAAGGGUGAGAUAUUGAGCAGGGAGACCGAGGUGCAGGAGAUAUUGAAUCAGGCGGGGGCCAAGUAUCAGGCUGUUAUGGGUAGUGCUGGUGCUGGUGCUGGUGCUGGCGCCGGUGCUACUGCUGCCAGUGCGGCGGCGACGGCCGCUACGAGUGCCGCUGCUGCUACGGGGGCGAGCACACCUGGUGAUACCUUCAGGUUUGUCAUGCAAUCGCCUUUGAGGCCAUUACCGCCUGGGUUUGCGGCAGAUCUAGCUGCGACUCCAAGGGAGAGGGGGUUGGAAAGCCUUGGGACGCCAACGCAGGAAAAGGGGCCUGAUGAUAUGGACACCGAGAUGGCGAUGUGA